CUCUCUUGUUUCCUUUAUCGGGUCAAACCCUAACACGUUAUUCUUCCCUUCCCCAUUUUCAUUCCUUUUCACGUCGUAUAUUCAUUUACGUAUCCGUAUAUAUACGCCCACACAAUUUCUGCACACAUUCAUAUACGUACAACACACACAACCUUCCAACUGUGCUUUGGACAGAGAAAGCGAGAUAAAGAGAGAGAAAGAGAGAGAGAGAGAGACAGAGAGAGAGAGAGAGAGGGAUGGUGCUGUGAAGAUCUAAAUUCUUCACUUUCUGGGAGGUCUCUUUCAUUCUCGUUAAUUACCAAACGGGAGUUUGAGUGGGAAAGUUAAGAAAAGAUCCUUGUUUGAGCACAUAAAUGUGAAAAUCUGUAUGGUAUUUGAGGAGUAAAAGACUGAGGGAUUGUACAGAAAUAAAGGAAAAUGGCUCCUGCAAACAAGGCUGAGAAGAAGGCUUCAAUUGAUGCAGCUGCAUGGAUGUUCAAUGUGGUCACUUCUGUUGGAAUUAUAAUUGUCAAUAAGGCAUUAAUGGCUACAUAUGGCUUCAGCUUUGCUACAACAUUGACUGGUAUGCAUUUUGCUACAACCACCUUGAUGACGGGUGUUCUUAGAUGGCUUGGAUACAUCCAAACUUCCCACCUACCCAUUGCAGACCUUCUGAAAUUUGUGCUAUUUGCAAACUUCUCUAUAGUUGGGAUGAAUGUCAGUUUGAUGUGGAAUUCAGUAGGCUUCUACCAGAUUGCAAAGUUGAGCAUGAUCCCUGUAUCCUGCUUGCUGGAAGUUGUAUUUGACAAGAUUCGAUAUUCAAGAGACACAAAGCUCAGCAUUUCUUUGGUACUAUUAGGUGUUGCUGUCUGCACAGUUACUGAUGUGAGUGUUAAUACCAAAGGGUUCAUUGCAGCCUUUAUUGCUGUAUGGAGUACUGCUCUGCAACAGUAUUAUGUUCAUUUCCUUCAAAGGAAAUAUUCUCUAAGUUCUUUCAAUCUGCUGGGACAUACUGCACCAGCUCAAGCUGGAACUUUGCUGAUAGUAGGCCCUUUUCUGGAUUAUUGGUUAACAACCAAGAGGAUUGACCAGUAUAAUUUUACCUUUCCAUCCAUGGUGUUCCUAAUCCUUUCGUGCACAAUUGCAAUAGGCACCAAUUUGAGUCAGUUUAUAUGCAUUGGCAGAUUCACUGCUGUCUCAUUCCAAGUGCUUGGGCAUAUGAAAACCAUCCUAGUUUUGAUACUGGGAUUUUUGUUUUUCGGGAAAGAGGGUCUCAAUUCGCAAGUGGUGAUUGGCAUGAUCAUCGCAGUUUUGGGAAUGGUGUGGUAUGGCAAUGCCUCGUCUAAGCCUGGUGGGAAGGAGCGCCGUAGCCAUUCAAUGUCAAAGAACAGCCAACAAAAGCAUUUGGAAUCUUCUGAUCCCGAUGAUAAGGUUUAAGAAUUUGUAGCUGAGAACAAUACACCUUAUACCAGGACAUUUUAGUUGUCUGACUCUAGGUAUGCCUACCAACUCAAUUAAGUUAAAAGCCUUUUGAAUUUUGUAAUUCCUAUAUCUAUUCUUCUUGUUAUUUACUACUCCCCUUUGGAAGGGGGGUUCAGACUAUGUUAUAGGACUUAGUGUUAUCCUAAUUUCUCCAUUUUUGAUUUGAUCAAUCAUCAUAAUUUAUAAAGAUCGAUUUGUGCACUUUUAUUC